AUGUUGUGCUAUAGCAACCGUGCUGCAACUCGUAUGUCUCUUGGAAGAAUAAAAGAUGCUCUAGAAGAUUGUAUGAAGGCUUAUGUGAUAGAUCCCAGCUUCCUCAGAGUGCAAGUUCGAGCUGCAAACUGCUAUCUUGCCCUAGGGGAAGUUGAUGAUGCAUCAUUGCAUUAUAUGAAGUGCUUGCAAGCGGGGAGUGACGUCUGUGCGGAUCGAAAGCUUUUGGUAGAAGCAUCUGAGGGCCUAGAAAAGGCACAGAAAGUAUCAGAGUUCAUGAAGCAAUGCGCCGAAUGUUUGCAACAAGGAACGUCUGCUGAUGCGGAGACUGCAUUGGGUUUAAUUGAUGAGGCACUGAUUAUAAGUCCUUACUCAGAACAUUUACUUGAAAGCAAAGCUAAUUCUCUUCUUAUGCUACAGAGGUAUGAAGAUGUUAUUCAGUUGUGUGGUCAGAACCUUGGUGCCUUUGUAUCGAAAUUUGAUGUUUCUGACGCACAUAAGGACUCUCGUUCCGGGCUGGAGGAAGCUCUUGAAUUUUUGAGGAAGCAAGAGGAGUCACUCCCUGUCAUAGAGAAGGGUCAAAGCAAGAAUUUAGAAUCUCUCAUUCCUUUGGCUGGCACCAUACGUGAACUCUUACAUAAUAAGGGUGCAGGAAAUGAAGCAUUUCAAUCAGGGAGGCAUGCAGAAGCUGUACAGCACUACACUGCUGCUAUAUUAUGCAAUGUUGAGUCAAGGCCUUUUGCAUCAAUAUGUUUCUGUAAUCGAGCUGCUGCAUAUCGAGCUAUGGGUCAAUUUGCAGAUGCAAUAGCUGAUUGUAGCUUGGCUAUAGCCCUUGAUGCGAAUUACUUGAAGGCAUUCUCCAGACGUGCUGCUCUUUAUGAAUUGAUCAGAGAUUAUGGACAAGCAGCUCUUGAUCUACAAAGGCUUGUAUCUCUUCUCACCAGGAAAUUGGAGGAUAGAAUUUAUCAGUUGGCAUCAUCUGACAGAAUGAAAUAUAUAAAUGAGCUUAAGCAAGCUCAAAUAAAGCUUUCUCAGAUGGAAGAAGCUUCCAGAAAGGAAAUUCCCUUAAAUAUGUACCUCAUUCUAUCCUUCCCGUUAAUAACCGAAUUUAAUGAUUUUGUAUUGCCAGGGGAGUUGACAUCAGCAGCUGCAUCAGAAAUUAAAAAGGCUUAUAGAAGAGCUGCGCUCAAACAUCAUCCAGACAAGGCUGCGCAAUCUUUGGCUAGAAGUGAGAAUGGAGAUGAAGGGAUGUGGAAGGAAAUAGCAGAAGAAGUUCAUAAAGAUGCUGACAGGCUCUUCAAAAUGAUUGGAGAGGCAUAUGCAGUCCUUUCAGACCCUCUCAAGCGGUCACAAUAUGAUAUGGAAGAAGAGAUAAGAAAUGGUCAGAAUACAGGCAGUGGAAGAAACACAUCCAAAAUGCAUGCAGAUUUCCAGAAUUACCAGUUUGAGAGAGGUGGUGGCAGGUGGCAAGAGGGCUGGAGAUCCAUGGGAGCUCCCAGUUUAGGAGUGCAGAAAGGAACCGAUCAAGCCGGUAUCCUUGAUACCUUUUAG